UCUCUCCGACCCUUCUCUCUGCAGUAAGCAUGUUCGCCAGGGUAUCUGCGAACCGCUCACGACCCAACGCACGUUACCGGUGAGAAACCCCCCACGGAAGAGUCAAGGAUAAUCGAUUUGGAUGUGGCGCGCACUUGAGAGUUUGAAUACGGUGGUAAGCCCGAGUGACCGGAGCACCGGCAGUGAAGGAGGAAUACAAUAUUCGGGGUGGCGCUCUCUACUUAACGUGGACAAUCAUGCAUAUGCUGUUUUGGGGACUAGGGUUUUUGCUAUUUCUCCCUGACUUUUUGAAUAUAGUGUCAUCCACGGGGAGAUCGCUAUUGAGUUCAAGAAAAGCUGAAAUGUCCGAGCAGCUUGGUGCAUAUGAGAUUGUAACUCCGGAGCGAGUGAAUGAAGCCGGUGACAACUUUCCCACGAGCGUGCACUUCAAAAGGAAAAAGCGUAGUGUGGAGGAUAGCCCAGGCAACUCCUCUGACCAAUGGGCCUUGCCAUCAAUCCAUUACAAAAUAUCUGCGUUUGGACAGAACUAUCACCUCAACCUGACUCCCGAGUCAGGAUUUAUCGCUCCGCUAUACACUGUGACAGUACUUGGAGCACCUAUAGUUAACAUCACGGAUUUCACCCCGGAGGAGGAGACGGAAGAGGAUACGGAGUAUCAGCACUGCUUCUAUAAAGGACAUGUGAAUGCUCAAACGGAGAACACCGCAGUCAUCAGUCUCUGCUCUGGAUUGCUUGGCACUUUCAGGUCACCGGAAGGGGAAUAUUUUGUGGAGCCCCUUCACAGUUACAAUGGAGAACUCUAUGAAGAAGAACACACCAAACCUCAUAUUGUGUACAGAAAGAAAGCCUCUGAGAAUGAGGCAGCCGUGGAGGACACUGCUUGUGACACAUCAGGACAUAAACACAGACACAAGAGGAACAGCGACAAGGUGAAGAGACGUCCGCUGUCCAGCAGUAGCAGCAGCAUGCUGGACGACCUGGACGACCUGUCUGCAGGCCUGACUGCCGAUCCCUUCUCCAGAACAGAGAGAGAGAGCGGCAGACGGCCGGCUAAUGACAGCAGCGGCGACUCAGGACCUCACAGGAGAUCAAAGCGCUUCCUCUCCUAUCCCCGCUUUGUAGAAGUCAUGGUGGUGGCAGACAGCAAGAUGGUGGAACAUCACGGGAGCAACCUUCAGCACUACAUACUCACAUUAAUGUCUAUCGUGUCUUCCAUCUACAAGGAUCCCAGCAUCGGAAAUCUGAUUAACGUUGUGAUUGUGAAGUUAGUCAUAAUCAACAAUGAGCUGGAUGGCCCAACCAUUUCCUUCAAUGCACAGACCACUUUAAAGAACUUCUGUAUCUGGCAACAGAGGCAAAAUCACCAAGAUGAGAAUCAUCACUCCCACCACGACACAGCCAUUCUCAUCACCAGGCAAGACAUCUGCCGAGCGCGGGACAAGUGUGACACAUUAGGGCUUGCAGAGCUUGGCACCGUGUGUGAUCCAUACAGAAGCUGCAGUAUUAGUGAGGACAAUGGGCUCAGCACUGCGUUCACUAUCGCCCAUGAACUGGGCCAUGUAUUCAACAUGCCCCAUGAUGACAGCAACAAGUGCAAAGAGGAGGGGGUUAAAAUACAGCAGCAUGUGAUGGCACCCACACUCAACUACUACACUAACCCCUGGAUGUGGUCCAAGUGUAGCAGGAAAUACAUCACAGAGUUCCUUGACACAGGGUAUGGAGAGUGCUUACUUGAUGAGCCCAUUUCUAGGCCAUACAGUCUGUUGCAGCAGCUGCCUGGACGGAUAUACAAUGUCAAUAAACAAUGUGAAUUGAUAUUUGGGCCGGGGACACAGGUGUGCCCAUAUAUGGUCCAGUGCCGCAGACUGUGGUGCACCAGCCCAGAGGGGGCCCAGAGGGGCUGCAGGACCCAACACAUGCCUUGGGCUGACGGGACCGAGUGCUCUCCAGGAAAGCACUGUAAACAUGGCCAGUGCAUUCCCAAGGAGCACGACGCCACCCCCGUGGACGGGGCGUGGGGAGGCUGGUCUCCGUUUGGCUCUUGCUCGCGGACGUGUGGCGGGGGCAUCAAGAUUGCCGUGCGCGAGUGCAACCAACCUGUGCCCAAGAACGGGGGGAAGUACUGUGUGGGGCGCAGGAUGAAGUUCCGCUCGUGUAACUCAGAGCCCUGCUCCAAGCAGAAGAAAGACUUCAGAGAGGAGCAGUGUGCUGCCUUUGAUGGCCGGCACUUCAACAUCAAUGGUCUACCUCCUAACGUGCGCUGGGUACCCAAGUACAGCGGAAUUCAGAUGAAGGAUCGCUGUAAGCUGUUCUGCAGGGUGGCUGGCAGCACGGCCUACUACCAGCUCAGGGACCGGGUCAUCGACGGCACGCCAUGUGGCCCCGACACCAACGACAUCUGUGUGCAGGGCCUGUGCAGGCAAGCGGGAUGUGACCAUGUGUUGAAUUCCAAGGCGAGGAGAGAUAAGUGUGGUGUGUGUGGCGGUGACAACUCCUCGUGCAAGACCGUGGCAGGCACCUUCAACAUGGUGCGCUACGGAUACAACGAAGUGGUGAGAAUACCCAGCGGUGCUACAAAUAUUGAUGUUCGUCAACACAGCUACUCAGGGAAACCAGAGGACGAUAACUACCUCGCUGUUUCAAACAGUCGUGGGGACUUCCUGCUCAAUGGCGAGUUUGUAGUCAGCAUGUUUAAAAGGGAAAUCAAAGUGGGCAAUGCCGUCAUCGAGUACAGCGGAUCCGACCACGUCAUCGAGAGAAUCAACUGCACUGACCGCAUCGAGGAGGAGAUCAUUGUCCAGGUGCUCUCUGUAGGUAACUUGUACAACCCAGACGUCAGGUACUCCUAUAACAUCCCCAUCGAGGAUAAACCCCAGCAGUUUGUCUGGGAUGCCUACGGGCCCUGGCAGGACUGCAGCAGGCCCUGCCAAGGAGAGCGUAAGAGGAAGAUCCUGUGUAGUAGAGAGUCGGACCGUGUGGUGGUCUCAGACCAGAGGUGCCAUGGGGCCGCCAGACCAGCCAUGGUCACAGAACCCUGCAACGCAGAGUGUGAAAUCAGGUGGCAUGUGGCGAGGAAGAGCGAGUGCACAGUCCCAUGUGGGGUGGGAUAUCGUACGCUGGAGAUCUACUGCGCCAAACUCAGCCGUGCCGAUGGAAAGACCCAGAAGGUGGACGAGCGUUACUGCAGCAGUCAACGCAAACCUGACGACAAGGAGAGUUGCCAUGGAGACUGUAACCCAGGAGGAUGGGAGUACUCAUCUUGGUCAGAGUGCUCCAAAAGCUGUGGAGGAGGGUCCCGGCGUCGUGCGGCUGUGUGUGGAAAGUCUUCUGAGGCGGGAAGUGAUGAGAGCAAGUGCAGCCAGAGAGACAAGCUGACCACCGUCCAGAACUGCAAUGAGUUCCUAUGUCCUGCAUGGAAGACCGGAGACUGGUCUGAGUGCCUGGUGACGUGUGGGAAAGGGUACAAGCAUCGGCAGACAUGGUGCCAGUUUGCGGAGGACCGACUGGACGACCGCUUCUGUGACUCGAUGUCCAAGCCUGAGUCAGUGCAGACGUGUCAGCAACAGGAUUGUGCUUCGUGGCAGGUCGGACCGUGGGGACAGUGCACUACCUCGUGUGGACCCGGCUACCAGAUGCGAGCUGUGAAGUGCGUUGUGGGGUCAUACGGAUCCGUCAUGGACGACACUGAAUGUAACGCUGCCACGCGGCCCACUGACACUCAGGACUGUGAACUGACCCAGUGUCCCAUCAGUCACCCGGUACCGCCGGGGACCAAAGUGCCCUCCCACCUCCCACACAAAACCCAGUGGAGGUUCGGCUCCUGGACACAGUGUAGCGCCACUUGCGGCAAAGGGACCCGGAUGCGCUAUGUCAGUUGCCGUGACAACCAGGGUGGGGUUGCGGAGGAUUCUGCCUGCUCCCACCUGGCCAAGCCCCCGGCCAGGGAGGUGUGCUCUGUAGUGGCCUGCGGACAGUGGAAGGUCCUUGAAUGGACAUCUUGUUCUGUAUCCUGCGGGCAGGGGAAGACCACGCGCCAGGUGGUGUGUGUGAACUUCAGUGAUCAGAUAGUGGACGUAGUGGAGUGUGACGCUGAUGACCGUCCGGCCACAGAGCAGGAGUGUGCCAUGUCCCAGUGCCCUGCUGCCCGCUCCAGUGACUCUCGGCCCCUCCCUUCACCCAGCGGGGGCCCCCGCAAUAACCUGCCCACGACUGCCGAUGGGCGCGGUGGAGGGCGAGUCCAGGCCCACCAGUGGAGAACAGGACCCUGGGGAGCGUGCUCCAGCACGUGUGCGGGCGGCUUCCAGAGGCGUGUGGUGGUGUGCCAGGAUGAGAAUGGUUAUGCUGUCAACAACUGUGAGGAGCACUCCAAACCCAUCGAGCAGCGCUCCUGUGAGUCCGGACCCUGUCCACAGUGGGUCUAUGGGAACUGGGGAGAGUGUACCAAGCCGUGUGGGGGAGGAAUAAAGACGCGGCUCGUGGCUUGUCAAAGGCCCAACGGAGAGCGCUUUAACGAUCUGAGCUGUGAGAUUCUUGACAAACCGCCCGACCGUGAGCAGUGCAAUACUCAGUCGUGCCCGUCUAACCCCCACUGGAGCACAGACCCAUGGAGCUCGUGUUCUUCCGCCUGUGGUAAAGGAUCGAAGAACCGUAAGGUGAGCUGUGUUACCCGAUCCGGUCGACCUGUUCCAGAGGACAACUGUAAACACCUGACCCAACCCAGCAAGGAGAGGAGCUGCCGGGGGCGCCGCUGUCCCAAAUGGAAGGCAGAGAGCUGGGGAGAGUGCUCAGCGUCAUGUGGCAAUGGAAUACAAGAGCGGGAAGUUUUCUGUGAGGUUGGAAACCGGCGCAGCCCGGAGGAGACUGAAUGCCCCCCAUCCUCCCGUCCGGCCUCCAGCCAGACCUGCCGGGUCACUGACUGCCCGUCUCCGUACCGGUGGAGCAAGGGAGAGUGGCAAUCGUGUAGUAAGUCGUGUGGGUCGGGCCACCGGCGUCGAGCGGUGCUCUGUAUGGACCAGACAGGGGAGGAGGUCCAUGAGAUGUUCUGUGUGGAUCAGAGAAGGCCAGAUGACUCUGAGAGCUGUAAUACCCACGUCUGUGAGUUCAUCUGGAUCACAGGGGACUGGACAGAGUGCUCGGCCAGCUGUGGACAAGGAUACCACAGACGCCUAGUCUCCUGCAGUGAGGUGCAUGCUGGGAAUGAUAACUAUGAGUAUGGGCAUCAGUCUUUGUCCAACUGCCCUGGGACCCCCCCUGAGAGCUACAUGCCGUGUAGCCAAAGACCCUGUCCUCCAACACACGAGUGGAGAGUUGGAGUCUGGGGACCUUGUUCAGUAAGCUGUGGAGGUGGGGUGAUGGAGAGGACAGUGCAGUGUGUGUCUACUGAGGGACAAGGCAGUGACAGUUGUCUCUCAGACACUAAACCAGAAGCCAGCAAAGUCUGCAGCAGCCCUGCCUGCCAUCUGCCCACUAGCUGCAGUGACGUCCAGAGUCUGUCUGGCGUCCAGCCUGAUGGUGAACAGUUUCUCAACGUACAAGGAAAAGCACUCAAAGUCUACUGUGCAGGAAUGCAGACUGACAGGCCGCAGGAGUACCUCACCUUGACGACCGGAGAAGGAGAGAACUACUCUGAAGUCUUUGGCUUCAGACUGAUAGACCCCACACAGUGCCCUGCUAACGGGACCAGGAGAGAGGACUGUGAGUGCAGGAGAGACUACACCGCUGCUGGCCUCUCCACCUUCACCAGAGUACGACUGGACCUCAGCAAGAUGCACAUCAUCACCAUUGACUGGCAGUUUGCUUUCACACGCGACGGCCACAGAGUUCCCUUUGCCACAGCUGGAGACUGCUACAGCGCUGCCCGGUGUCCACAGGGUCGAUUCAGCAUCAACCUCUCAGGGACAGGCUUCCAGCUCGCUGAGGAAACCAAGUGGAUCUCCCAAGGAAACUAUGCAGUUGCUGAUAUACACAAAUCCCAGGAUGGCAGCAGAGUAACAGGAAUGUGUGGGGGUUACUGUGGGAAAUGCACUCCGUCCUCCGGCUCUUACCUGCUCAUCACAGUGGCCUAAAUCUACAGUGUUUAACCAGCGCUCUUCAAGCCAAGAUGUCCAACCUCUCAGUGGUGCUACAGUAAUGAGGAUUCCAUCCUCCAAACGACCUCUAUUCCCUCCAAUGUGUAAAUAUGUCAAUAGAACAGGUGUAAGUACUGUACAUAACAUGGUAAAUGACUUAUUUAUUAUACUAUAUACUCAACAUUUAUUUUUGUAUUGUAAGAUAAUUUAAGGAUUGUGUUUUCUUUCUUGCAACAAACACCAUGGACAUCUAUUCGCAUUGCAUUAACUCGAACAUAAAAAUGUGCCUUAGAAAUAUUUAACAUAUUCAGUCCAGAGUAGUUGCUUGUGUUUCUUGCGUUGUUGUGGCAGUGUUGCAGCCUGGCUCUUCUAUGCCUUCAGAUGCAGAAGGAGACGUUUUGCUUCACGUUUGUGUGUACGGACGUGGGCACUUUGUAUGUACUUCUUUUUUUUACACUCGUAGCUGCAUCCUUCAGCCUGUUUAUUCUUAUGCCGUAUGGUGUCACUAUCCAACCUUGUUCAGUGCCUGAGUGUUUUCCAACCCGUGUAGUAAGUGCUACUGUAUGUUCCUACCUGGGUCUUAGAGUGAAGGCUGUUUAGGCUGGUCUAAUUACCUGGUCUACACAGUCGCCAGCGGUGAUCAGUGGGCUGGUGGUACAUUAGUCAGGUGUGGUACAGGGACAGAGACGGCACAGUGAACCGUAGCGCAGUGUGCUGUAAAGGUCGAUCUGGGACAGCCAGGGGGAAUGCUGGUGCUGUCGAAGGCUAGCACAGGCAGCUGCUGCAGAGGCAGACCCAGCCAGGUGUUACUACCACAGAGGAACAACCCUGAGAUGGGCCAUAUGCAGAGAGAGAGAGAGAGAGAGAGAGAGAGAGAGAGAGAGAGAGAGAGAGAGAGAGAGAGAGAGAGAGAGAGAACCCCUGCCUUGGUGGGACAUACUUUAAUAUUUUUGCUGAGAGAGAAAAGUGAAUGACAUGAAAGUUGUGAUGCAGAACCUUAACAUUUCAUACUUAUCCGUGGAAGUACAAGGUGUCACCUACCCAGAGGGAGUGUGUCAGGGGAAGUGCCCCGGGGGGCUUGAAGGUCAGAGCAGAGACACCUAGAGGAGGAGAGGGAGGAAAGGCUUGCAGGCUGAUCCAGAGAGAUGUGUUUCAAAGCAUCAGAAAGACUCACCUUUUGUUUGUUCUGGGUCUCUCAGGUGUUGUGACAGGGAAUAGCCGUUAUUCCUUAGUUUUGAGAAAGAGGCCGUAUUCCCAUGGCUAUAACUACAUGAAUCAAGCAGAGUUUACCUCAGGCCUAUAACAACACCAGUGUUCCAUAGAGAUUGGUUGAUGUCUUAAAGGUCUAGGUGUCCAAAUGCUGCCUCUAAGAACUGCUUACUGUACCUUUUUUCAGCCUUUAUCUUAUUGCCUUUCAACAGUCAGUCCAUUUUUUUUUGCUGUGUGAUGUAAAGUGUUUUGACAAUAUCAGGGUACUUUCUGUUUGAAUGUGUGUUUAUCUUAUAUACUGUUUGCAACCAAUGCCCUUAAUUAGAUGUUUUUUUUACAAGACUUUUAUAGAAAGUGAAAGUGAAUGACAAAUAAUAAUAACUAUAAUAAUUUGUAUGAUUCUUUUGACAUGAUAAGAUACUUAUCCCAAAAUGAAUAAUGUAAGUGACUGUGAUGUCAUAAGGAAGUUUAGUAUAUCAACUUACUGUACACAUGUGAGGUUAUUCUCGUGUGUAUUUAUUUGUUUGACAGGGUUUGGCGGGGUGGAUGGACAUUGGUACCUGAGAUAGAUUCAGAGGACAAAGCCAUAUUUGCUACAUUUGCCUUUAAAAAAAAUUAAUGAUGCCUUGAGAAUAUCAGCAGGACAUUUUCAUGACAGUGCAACUCUUACUUUGUCAUGGUUCCGUCCAACCUUUCGCUAAAAGGGAAUUCCACACCGUUGUAACCGAUAGCCAUUCUGAAUUUAUCCUUGGAAUCAUAUUAGUUUAGAUUUAAUUAAGUAAAAAAUGUUAAAUGUUAACGUUAAAUGUUUUAUUGUCCAAAUAAUAUCCUCCAGUGAAAAGGGAUUGAAACUUUAGUCUGAUUGUGAAUAUCUGAUGAUCCAGAUUGUAUAUGUAUUCUCAGGUGUUAAAAUUAAGGGAUUAUUUGAACAUUAUAUUAUGUCUUAUAUUUAUGUAACAAUUUAUAAACUCAGCAAAAAAUGAAACAUCCUCUCACUGUCAACUGCAUUUAUUUUCAGCAAAUGUGUAGAUAUUUGUAUGAACAUAAGAUUCAACAGCUGAGACAUAAACUGAACAAGUUCCACAGACAUGUGACUAACAGAAAUGGAAGAAUGUGUCACUGAACAAAGGGUGGUCAAAAUCAAAAGCAACAAUCAGUAUCUGGUGUGGCCACCAGCUGCAUUAAGUGCUGCAGUGCAUCUCCUCCUCAUGGACUGCACCAGAUUUGUCCGUUCCUGCUGUGAGAUGUUACCCCACA